AUGGCGUCGUCUAAUAUCUCCGAGCAGUUCGUCUUUGAUAACCAAACCUGGAGUUUACCAAAGCUUGUUUCCCCUGUGGCCACUAGCGAUAAAACAACAGAGCUGAUUAUUCAAGUUUUUACCAUCAUAAACAAUGUGAUUCUAUGCAGUGUGUUUGGAGCUACAGGCAUUGUAGCCAACACUCUCAACAUUUGCGUCUUCUUAAAACAGGGGUUAAACAGCUCCAUUACUUUAAGUUUUCUAGCAAUAUCCAUCUCAGAUGUCUUCAGCUUGCUAGCUCUGCUGUGGAGGAACAUUUGCCUAGACGUCUACAUCAACUCUCUUUUACCGGAUGUGGUACUCAGUGAAUUUGAAUACCUGACCGCCGCAUGGCCGCAUGGGAUAUCUGCACGUAUCACUAGCUGGAUCACGGUCUACAUUACAGCAGAAAGGUGUUUGUCCAUUGCGGCACCGCUCAAGGUCAAACAGAUCGUCACGCCACGCCGGACAGUCAUCGUGUUGCUGUCCAUCUUCCUGGUCAACAUGCUGUCUCUGGUUCCAGAAUAUUCCACGGUCUACUACGACUGGAAGUACUACCCAGACAGGAACAAAACCAUCCUGGGACUCGCGUUUAGAGGUAAUCGCGCCGCCACUCAGAGUCUGGUUUUCUAUUUUCUCACGGCUUUUGCUAUCGGCGUUUUUAUUUCGGUCACGACCUUCACCUGUGUCCUGGUCUAUAAAUUAAAGCAGACGUCAAAAUGGCGUCAGAGUUCAACAAGUGACCAGGCCCAAAACGAGUCCAUUACCGCCAGGGACAAAAAGAUCGUAGCUCUGGUCAUCUCUGUGGCCACGGUGUUGAUGAUCUGCUACACGCCAACGGUCAUCUUGUCCAUCUUUACCGUCAGUAUCCCAGGAUUUAGCGUCUCUGGGAAAUACGACAAAUACUUCAAAACGUCUUGGUCGUUCGCCUUCUUGCUUCACGCCAUCAACUCCAACAUGAAUUUUAUUCUCUAUUUUAAAAUGAGUUCUAGCUACAGGAACAAGUUCAAGGAACUUUUGUGCUUCCGUAACAAGAACAAAGAGACAACGUAA